AGAGGAUCUUUCAGGAUGAGGAUCUACGAGAGGGAGAACUUUGGAGGUCAGAUGCACGAGAUGAUGGACGAUUGUGACAGCAUCAUGGAUCGUUACCGCAUGAACAACUGCAUGUCCUGCAACGUUAUGGACGGCCACUGGCUCAUGUAUGAGCAGCCCCAGUACAGAGGCAGGAUGAUGUACAUGAGGCCUGGAGAGUACAGAAACUUCAGUCAGAUGGGCUCUAUGGGUAGGCUCAUGAGCAUGAGGCGUAUCAACGAGUCCUGUUACUAGAUAUUGCUUUUUACU